AUGACGAUGGACACCAACGUGCAGGAUCCCAAGGAACUUCAGGUGUUCGCGGCGUUUCUGACCAACGAGAACGGCCAGACACCAGCACCGGCUCCUCCAUCUGGAGAGCCGGGGGCCCAGCCCAAGAGGCGCAGGGAGAACGAAAAUCCACCGGAGGGCACCAGCCAGGGAUCAGGCUCGACGGCUUCCGCCCCGGGGAUCUACCUGUCAAUGCCUCAAGGAUCCGGCAACCACCCGAAGGGCAAGGGCAAAAACAAGGGCAAGGGCAAAGGCGGCAAAGGAAAGGGGCAGCCUCCGCCCCGCCACCAACAAGGCGACUGGAGCAGUUCUUCGUCCGAGUGGAGCCAAGGAUGGAACCAAGGAUGGGGCUCGAACGGCAGCCGCUAUCAGGGAGACCUAGUGAUGCAGAUCUCCAAGCUCCUCCUGCGACACGAGCUCCAGCUGCAGAAUCUCCAGGGGGACACCAAGCUCCAUCUCUAUCUGAGAACGGGUGCCCAGUCCUUCCUGCCCUCCCUCUUCGCAAUUGCCCGCGAAUGGGGCAAGUUGUAUCGGGAGGAGCCUGCCAAACUGGGCAUGUCGUUGAGGGAAACUCUUCUUGUGGCCCUUCUGAGGGAGAUGGCCACCCGAGCCAAGCUGGCAAUGAACCGCGCCGACUCGAAACAGGCCGCUCUGGAUCUCAAAUGGAUCAACUCGACCAACCAGUGGAGCUACAUGCAAUGGAAUCCACACACGGCCCAGCUCGAUCUUCUAGAGGAGCCGGCGCCCAGGGAUCACUCAGAGAUCUUGCAGGACAUCGAAAGGAUGAUCGAGUUGGUGGAUGGCGACACGGUGAAACGGUUUGCAUCAGCCAAGACACUGGUGGCGGAGCCUCAGUCGGAAUGGGUGGAGUUUAUCCUGGAAGUGGGCCUUCGAGAGAAGGGCCACCAACUAUGGGAUCUCAUCUUGAGAUUCAACCAAUGCUGUGUUCUUCAUCCUCUUGGAGCCCGCAUCCGCAGGGACCGUCCAGGCCUCUCCGGCCUUGCGGAGACCAUCCGCAACAUGUUACGGCUUCCUGCCAUUCAGGGGUACUGGCAACAGCGCAGGCUGGAAGAAGAUGUUGGAGCUGUCGUGUGUGAUACCACAACCAUGGUUAUACCCAUCACCAUGGCCCUCCCUGAGGGAACCAGGGGACUACAGCACUGCAUACAGGCUUGGCACUCCGGUCACUACCGAUCGGCGAUUACUGGUGAUCCUCCGGAACUUAUCUGCCUGCAUCUCUCCCGCUUUAGGCAGACUGAUGGGGGUGACAUCGUCAAGGAUGUGCAGGCCUUACCAGACAUUCGAGAGGUCAUCCGUCUACCCGUCUUUCGCUCGCCUGCGGACAUAACCGUGCGAUGGUGCCCAUACCAGGUCUGUGCUGCGUCGCUGCACUUCGGCCCGCGCGUUGAGCGAGGGCACUAUCGAGCACUGCUUCGAAGCAAGGAGAAAACAUGGAUCACUGAAGACAAUCGCGGUGCUCAACUUCUCUCCUGCACUGAGCUCUCUUCGCUCACGCCGCACAUCUAUCUGCUUUGGUGCGUGCUUGACUCAGGCCUGCCAGUGGCCGCUGGAAAUCGGACUACACUGUGCAAUUGA